AUGCAUAAAUACAAAAUCUACAACUCAUUCAUACUGGCUGCUGAUGAGCGAGCUAACAAAGUGAAGAGCUUCCCCGGAAAUACCAGCGAAGAGCAUAAGAAAUGUCAAGCUGUCGCAGCUGCAACCGGCACAAGAAUCGAACUGAGCGAGUCGAAAGACGGCUCCCUUACCGUCGUAAUCAAAGGACUACGUGCUAAGGUUGAGGAUGCUCAUGCUCGUCUUGUGCGCGAUCUGCAGACGCAGGCUAGCCGCGAUCUAGACAUCCCCAAGGACCACCACAGAAAACUUAUAGGCAAGGAAGGAGCAACGCUUCGUCAGCUAGAGGCUGAUACUAACUGUCGCAUCACCAUACCUAGCCGGGACACUCCUUCGGAGACUAUAAAAAUUGUAGGACCUCGUGAAGGCAUCGAGAAGGCUGUGGCUUACAUAAAGGCUGUGUCGGAAAGAGAGGUUAGUGUUACACUUACACUUUUGAUCACAUGAUU